CGUCUGACGUGAUGACGACAUCAGAGGCGUAGCGACGUCAAACAUGGCCGCCCCCGACGCGUUUGCUGCCUUCGCCUCACGUCGAAGGCGUGUUGCCUGUUAACUACGAUGACUGCUUCUCAGGAGACCGUAGAGAACAUGGCAUCAUACAUUGGGGAGAAGGAAAAGGAAGAUGUGGGCGAAGAGUCCCAUAAUGGAGAUGUGGAGGGAGACAAUAAAGAGAAGCAGAUGGUGGGAGGAGAAAUAGCAGCGGAAAUCGGAGAGAAAGAAGUUGGAGGAGAUUCCGAAGAAUUUAAAGAAGAGGACUGCAGUGAUGAAGAUGAGGAGGAGGCCGAACAGCCCAAAGUUGACACAGAGAUCAAGUCUGAUCAAGCUCAAGUCAAAAAGCAGCCUGAGGUCCUGAACUUGAACAAUGAGGUGGUGAACAUGAGAAAAGAGGUGAAGAGAGUGAGGGCGUUGCUCAGCAGGAAGCUCAUUCGUCAAAUCGCCGGGCUGAAGAACAAGAAGGGCACGGAGGCGGCCAUUGAGAAGAACCAGCGGAGGGUCGCCAGAUUGUUGGAGGAGAUCCACGCAAUGAAAGUGCUCCGACCGGACCUUGUCACCAAGACCGCCUUGCAGAAGAAUCUCAACUUUAACGAAGUGUGCAAGAACCCAAAGUCCUCCAUGAGCGACAGAGCCAUAGCUCGCAUAGCCUCCCACCCUCAGUUCAAGAAAAAGAUCGAGGACAUCCGGGCCGCUGUGAAGGCUUUCAGUGACGAGAGGAGGACGGGAGGGAAGCGGGCCGAACGAAAGAAGAGGAGCAAGGAUGGUGGGACGUUAGCUCCGUACUCACCGGAUGCUAAAGCUAAAAAGAUAGAAAAGAAGAAGGAAGCAAAGGAGGAAAAAAGUCCAGAACAAGUGGGGCACAUCACUAACGACGAUGAUAAAGACACAAAAGAUGAGCCUACUAUUUCUGAACCUGACGAGGGCAAAAUGGAAUCUACUCAAGCUACUGCGGCCGCUGACAAGAAAGUAACCGUGGAGGCUGAAAUUGUCAAAAAGUGUGUGCCAACAGAUCAGCCAAGGAAGAAACCGCAAGCUAAGGCUCAGGAAAAAACACAAGCUAAGGCUCGGGAAAAUCAACCAAAAGUGGUGCAAGAAAAGGCUCGGGAGAAUAAACCAAAAGUGGUGUCCAAGCCCACCAAAGAAGAAGAAAAAGAAGAAGAAAGCGAUUUAGAGCUCUCUGACAACGAGGACAAACUGUACUUUGAUGACAGCACUGAGGAACGAUUCCACAAGCAGUCGUCCCAGGAAGAGAGCGAUAGUGACAAUGACUUUUUUGUGGGCAAAGUGAGCAAAUUUAAGAAAAAGAAAAGUAAAAAGGCAGAAGGCGACAAGACGAAAGAGGAUUCGGCGGAAAAAGCCAAGCCAGCCGACGGGCUUCAAUGUGAACUCGAUGAGCUUGAGUCACGGUUGAAGACCAAAGCGCCCAAACUUCAGAGUGUCUUCUGCUCUCUGUCUCAAACGAAACCGAAUCGGGGUGGAAGGGGGAAGCCGUUUAGGGGGCGAGGGAAACCGCUGGGCGGGGGCCGUGGAGACUUUGCUAAAAAGUUCCGAAAAGAGGAGCAAGGACCAACGAGCAGCAAGGUCAACAGGCCUGAUGCCAGGCGUUCCGAUUCAGAGGGAACAAAGUUCAGAGGGCGCGGCCGAGGCAGUGCGGGGAGGCAGCAGGAUCGCCAAGGUCUUCCCCGUCAGGCCCCACAACAGGCCCUGCAUCCGUCGUGGGAAGCCAGUAAGAAAAGAAAAGAGCAGCAAGGGCAAAUUCUGCCUUUCCAAGGGAAGAAGAUCAAGUUUGAUGAUGACUGAUAUGUAUUCAUUAUUUUGUAAUCAAUCAUUUUUAAAAAUGCCUUUUUUGGGCACUAUUUCCGAGCCGCUUCCUGGUUAUUUGCUGGUUUUUAUUUCG